AUGAUGAACAAUUUGCAGGCGGAGGCCUGGCAGCACAGCACGCCGCAACACCAGCCGGCCUACCGAGAUCAGACGAUCCAAUACGAACAGAGCGCUCCGGCCUACCCCGAAGCGGACGGCGCGGAGCACGCGGCGCACUACUACCAGCCACCCGCCCCCCAACCCGGCCCCCAGCCCGCCCCCCACGACCUCCUCUACGCCCACCUCGACCCGCCGCUCGCCGAGCACGCACCCCCUGCGCCCGCCGCCCCCGCCCCCGGCCCCGCCCCCGCCCCCGACACGUACGGCGAGGAGUGGGGCCGCACCGACGACCCGGCGCCCUCCUACGCCGACCCCUACUGGCACGCCGACCAACACUACGGAUACGGAGACCACGCCGCCGCCGGUCUGCGGCACCGCAGGGCCCCCCGCCCGCCGGACCCCGCGCCUCACGAACCCACGCCCCCGGCCACGCCCUCGCCCGCACCUGCGACGCGACCGAAGCUAUCCGACCUAGACAUCCAGGUGGCUCAUGCCCACCACUUGGGUGAUGCGCCGCCGCCGGUACGUGCGCUGCGCCGCCCGCCGCGCUGCGGGACCCUCAUCACGGGCACGGUGGACGCCUGGUCGCGCACCGCCAUGGAUGGAGCUUUCAAGCCUCUCGUUUUCGGCGGCACGUAUCCCAUAGACGAGCCGGCCACGCCGAUGUACAAGGAGGAUCGCGUCGCUAUUCUGGGGGAGGAGGGCGUGGGGGCGGGCGAGGCGGAGCGGCGGCGCGAGCUGCGGGCCACGGUGGAGCGCAGUCUGGAGCGCUUCGAGGCGAUGCUGGCGCAGCGCGAGGGGCGGCGGCGGCGGGCGGCGCGCGGCCCCGUGCGCACCUUCGACAUCGACGAGCCGGUGGAGCUGUGGGAGGCGGGGGCGGGGCCGGCCGCGCCCAGAGACCACGCCCACUACUACGUGGCCGGCCCCAGCACAUACGACAUCGAUGAACCGACCUCCUUCAUAUAG